UUUCCUCUAUAAGCAUUUUGAUGUACCUGUAAAAAUUAAAGACUUUUUGUGUGUAUCUUAACGAUAAUACUAUAAUUCCACUUCAGGUAAAAUUGUUUGGCAAGACUAUUUUAAAGCAGAUCGUGAGUACUUCCUACCUCAGUGCAUUCGGAGGCACAGAAUAUCUGAGGCUCCUGGAUUCUUAGCCCACAACAGCAGCAGUCGCCUGUCAUCCACUGAAGGAUCUCAAGGGGGCGGGGCCGUCUCGCGGUUGUAGCGAGACGCAUGCGCGGAGAGGAGCACCGGCUCGGCUGCCGUAGUAGUUCGCCUUUCCACGUGGGCGCCUCGUCGUCAUGGCGGCCGUCCGGAAGCCAGUGCUGCUCGGGCUUCGAGACACUGCAGUGCGUGGCCGCCCCACGGGGUUGGGCGCCUGGACCGCUAGCAAGCUGGGCGGCCUUCCGGACGCCUUGCCCUCCGUAGCAGCGCCGAGGCCAGUGUGUGAACGUUGCAGGCAGCCUCUUGCCCUGGUCGUACAGGUAUACUGCCCCUUGGAAGGCUCCCCGUUUCAUCGGCUACUGUACGUAUUCGCUUGUCCCCGCCCCAGGUGCAGCAUGGGCGGAGCGCGCAGCUGGAAGGUGUUCCGCUCCCAGUGCCUGCAGACUCGAGAGAAAGAGGCGCAGGACGCACAGAAACAGGAAAACGGCCUUGCAGCUGAGGAUUGGUGUGAAGGUGCAGAUGACUGGGGAAGUGACAGUGAGGAGGUGCCACCACCACAGCGUACCUUGGAUUUUGGAAAUGAUCCCCUCAGCGCCAAAGACACAGACUGUACUGCUCAGCUCCGAGAUCUCCACCUGCAGGAUACUGUCCUGGGCGCUGCUCCUCCUGUUUCUCCCGGGGAAGAGAUGGCCCUGCCUUCCCUGGCGCCCCAGUUCCUGCCCUACUACAUGUGUGUUGUAGAUGAGGAUGACUACAGGGACUUUGUCAGUCUAGACCACGCUCAUAGCCUUCUGAGGGAUUAUCAACAGAAAGAAGGAAUGGAUAUGGAACAGUUGCUUUCCCAAAGUCUUCCUGGUGAUGGUGAUGAAAAAUAUGAGAAGACCACAAUUAAAAGUGGAGAUAAGAUAUUUUACAAAUUCAUGAAGAGAAUUGCUGCUUGUCAGGAGCAGAUUUUGAGGUACUCUUGGAGUGGCGAACCACUUUUUUUGACCUGCCCUACAUCAGAAAUCACUGAGCCCCCAGCCUGCAGCUACUGUGGAGUCCGAAGGAUAUUUGAGUUUCAGCUUAUGCCAGCACUGGUCAGCAUGCUCAGAAGCACUAAUUUAGUUGCACUCAAGGGAGACACUGGCAGCACUCCGGGCUGUUCUUCUAGAAUUUAUUUUUGUACUUCUAAAUAAAAGGUCUUUCUGUGGAAUUUGGAACAAUUCUAAUUUAUACAUGUGAGAAGAGUUGCUGGCCUGAAAAUUGUCAGACUCCCAUGGAAGAACUUUGUAUUAUACAAGAAGACCCAGAUGAACCGUUAUUUAAGUAGAGAAUUUCCUUUUCUUUAUAUAAAUUAAAACAAAUUUUAAUGUCCA